CUCCACAACAAGAAUCCCAUAAUAUAUCUUAAACAAAGCUUCAGCCUUGGCUUCUCUUUCACAAAUUCCAAAUCUUAUAUUGUCCCCUUGUUUUCCUCAUCUCAUCAAAGGACGUUGGCAGCUCUCUGUGCUGUGUCUACAGUCUUCAAAGUGGAGGGGAUUACUUUUGAGUCGUCUUUUAUGUCUGAACGUGCUUCUCUCUUUCUGUCAUCAAUUGGAUUGCUCGGAGAAUACUGUCCCACUUCUAGAAAAAAGAAUAGACCUUUCUCUUCUGAAGGUAUCUGCAUACAUAUUGAGGCCAAUAACACAAAAACUUGGCUUCUGUUUUAUGCGACCUAUUCUAAGUGUGAGAAAGGUUUCUGUUAAAGGAUAUCUCACCACGAUCGAAAACACCAGUAUCUGAUCCCUCCUUCGUGAUUUUGCCACAGUUUGAUCAAGAUGGCUUUGCAAAAUAUUGGUGCUUCCAAUAGUGAGGAUGCCUUUUAUAGGUAUAAGAUGCCGAAAAUGAUAACCAAGAUUGAAGGGAGAGGAAAUGGCAUCAAGACUAAUGUGGUUAACAUGGUUGAGAUUGCAAAGGCUUUGGCUAGACCUGCUUCUUACACUACAAAGUAUUUUGGUUGUGAACUCGGAGCCCAAUCCAAAUUUGAUGAGAAGACUGGAACUUCACUCGUAAAUGGUGCCCAUGAUACUGCGAAGCUUGCUGGGCUUCUUGAGAACUUUAUUAAGAAGUUUGUUCAGUGCUAUGGUUGUGGGAACCCUGAAACUGAGAUUGUUAUUACUAAGACACAGAUGAUUACUCUGAAAUGUGCUGCUUGUGGGUUUGUUUCUGAUGUUGAUAUGAGGGAUAAGCUUACGACUUUCAUUCUUAAGAACCCACCCGAGGCGAAGAAGUCGUCGAAAGAUAAGAAGGCAAUGAGGAGGGCUGAAAAGGAAAGGCUCAAGGAGGGUGAAGCUGCUGAUGAAGAGCUGAAGAAGAUUAAAAAAGAGGCGAAAAAGAAGGGCACCACUGCUACUUCAAAGGUUGCUGUUUCGAAAGGUGUAGUAACCAAGAAGAAAAGCAAACAUUCUGAUGAAGAUCGUUCCCCUGAACACAGUCAGUCAGAUGAGAAUGAACGUGUUGCCAGUGAUGAUGAUGAUGAUAAUAUUCAAUGGCAAACUGAUACUUCACUCGAGGCUGCUCAGCAACGUAUCCAAGAGCAGUUGAGUGCUGUUACUGCAGAUAUGGUGAUGCUUUCGACCAAUGAAGAGAAGAAAAAGUCAGUGAAGAAGUCUCCCGAGAAUGAAGCCAAGGUAAGCGAAAACAGUGUCAGUAUCCAUUAUAAACUCAUUGAUGAGAUUAAUGAACACAUCAGGAAGGGUUCGUCUCCAACUCAGCUUAAAUCCUUCCUAUGUUCACUCUCCGGAACCUCCCAAGAAGUCAUGGAUGCUCUAUUUAUAGUACUCUUUAACAAUGUGGGAAAGGGUUUUGCGAAAGAAGUAACCAAAAAGAAGAACUACCUUGUAGCAGCAGUAGCGGCAGCAGCCAAAGCAGAAGAGGGAUGUCAGAUGGUGUUUCUCCGUUCUCUCGAGUCUUUCUGCGGCAAGGCUAGCCCCGAGGCAGCAAAGGAGGUGGCAUUGGUUCUUAAAGUGCUGUAUGAUGAUGACAUUUUGGAAGAAGAAUCCAUCGUGGAAUGGUACCACAAGGGUGUGGCUGGUAACAAUAAGAGUCUACGGAUUUGGAAGAACGUCAAGCCCUUCAUCGAGUGGCUCCAAACUGCCGAGUCCGAGUCGGAAGAUGAGUGAAUCCUGAAGCUCUUGUUUGGUUUCAUUAUUAUGUUAUGCUUUUACUGUCGUGUUUACUUUAAAUAGAGAAGAGCGAGCUAGCUCUCGUAUAUUCUCUUCGUUGUUCUACGGUUUAUUAUGUACUGUUUGGAACUUAUUGUGGAUUGUUUGUGUGAUAAGUUGAUUGGAUUAAUGUUUAAUUUUUAUUGUGGGUU